GAUGGGUACAGUUCGUCCAAGCUCCAUCCCUGAAGCUUCAAAGAUUUCUCAAGAAGCUCACAACGACGGCCAUAACCAGAAGGAGCUUGAUGCCGGUGCUCUCUUCGUUCUUAAAUCCAAAGGCUCAUGGAUACACUGUGGAUAUCACUUGACGACUUCAAUUGUGGCUCCAGCUCUCCUUAGUCUGCCGUAUGCCUUUACUUUUCUUGGUUGGACAGCUGGAACUUUAUGCUUGGUGAUUGGAGCUCUCGUCACCUUCUAUUCCUACAACUUGAUUUCUCUUGUUCUUGAACAUCAUGCUCAUUUGGGUCAUCGCCAUCUCAGGUUCAGAGACAUGGCUUAUGAUAUCUUAGGGCCAAAUUGGGGUCGAUAUUUUGUUGGUCCAAUUCAGUUCAUGGUGUGCUAUGGUGCUGUUGUAGCAUGCACUCUUCUGGGAGGACAAUGCAUCAAGGCCAUUUACUUACUGGUAGAACCAAAUGGCACCAUCAAGCUAUAUGAAUUCGUGAUCAUAUUUGGAUGUCUUAUGCUUAUUUUAGCUCAAAUCCCAUCCUUCCACUCUCUUAGGCACAUCAACUUGAUAUCUUUAGCUCUAUGCCUCGCAUAUAGCGCCUGUGCUACAGCCGGCUCUAUUUAUAUCGGAAGUUCCUCCAAAGGGCCAAGUAAAGACUAUUCCGUUACUGGAGAUAGUCAGAGUCGAGUUUUUGGGAUGUUCAAUGCUAUCGCCAUCAUUGCCACAACAUUUGGCAAUGGUAUCAUUCCUGAAAUUCAGGCGACGAUUGCACCACCGGUAAAGGGGAAGAUGUUCAAGGGAUUAUGUGUUUGUUAUGCAGUAGUUACUGUAACUUUCUUCAGUGUUGCCAUAUCUGGCUAUUGGGCAUUUGGCAACCAAUCUGAAGGCCUCAUUCUUAGCAACUUCUUGGAUGAUGGGAAACCUUUGGUCCCAAAGUGGUUUAUUUUCAUGACCAAUAUGUUCACCAUUCUGCAACUAUCAGCUGUUGGUGUGGUUUAUUUGCAGCCAACAAAUGAAGUGCUUGAGCAAACCUUUGCAGAUCCAAUAAGCAAAGAGUUCUCUCCUCGCAAUGUUAUCCCCAGGGUCAUUGCUCGUUCAUUAUCUGUUAUUAUAUCAACAACCAUAGCAGCAAUGCUUCCAUUCUUUGGAGACAUCAAUUCGGUCAUUGGAGCUUUUGGUUUCAUGCCUCUCGACUUUGUCUUACCAGUGGUUUUCUUUAACUUGACAUUCAAGCCAUCAAAGCGUAGCUCCAUAUUUUGGUUAAAUGUCACUAUCGCCGUGGUUUUCUCAACACUAGGACUUGUAGCAGCCAUUGCAGCAGUUCGACAAAUAGGCCUUGAUGCCAAAACUUUUAAAUUAUUUGCUAAUGUAUAA